GGCGCGGAAGCAGGAAACACUCAGCUCCGAGUAACAUUUCCACCUCUUUCUACUUGCUUAUGCAACCUAUGAUAGACACAGUUGCUUUUUGUUUAUCUAACAUAUGUUGAUUGAAUCUCUGAUGAACUUGAUCUACUCAUCACAAAUACGUCGAACAUAAUGGUUAUUGCCGUCGCUGCCGAUGUCAUUUGAAAUGCCCCUCCAAACCUCCAUCCGUCUAGAAUGCGGUUUCAGUCCUCGUCAAAGCUGCAACAACACUUGAUCACUAACGGACCCGCGAAGCUGAAAGCAACAUUAGCUGUUUCUUGUUGAACUACCGAGGAAGAUUUGUUUGGAUUGAGGAACUUACAUGUGAGGAAAAAUGUCUCUGAACAGUUGGGUUAUGCUCUCAGGCAAAGAUGGCUUCGUCCGUCUUCCGAAUGAACACAUCAUUUACACCUCUCCCCCACGUACAGCACUGUCGCUCAAACCUCCCAGUUCUUGGCAAGGAAAGGAAGCUUUCUCAAUAUCCAGUAGUUCGGGCUGUCUAUAUCUCACAAAUCAAAGAAUCGUUUAUCUUCCGUCCCAACCAAGCGAACAAAUGCAAUCAUUCACUGCUCCUCUUCUAAACCUUCACGAUAGCCACGUCUCUGCACCUUUCUUUGGUCCGAAUGCAUGGACCGUCUUAGCACAACCUGUUCCCGGUGGAGGAAUCCCCGCGCCAUUACAACUGGUGGAAUUGAAGGUCACGUUUAAGGAAGGAGGAGCCUUUGAUUUCCACACCAAUUUUGAGCGUAUAAAAGACCGACUUCAGCAAGCCGUUGAACAUGCGAGGGACAGUGGGUCGCCAUCUGUUCGGUCUUCGAACGGUCGUGGAGUCAAUUUCACAAACGUUCAUCUCGACGAACUUCCCGCGUAUGAUGGACCGAAUACCUCGAAUGCUGGUCAAGCUCAGUCAAUCGAGGCCGCUGUGCAACCACCCAUUACAGAAACUGCAGAUACAACCUCUUCUGCCCCUGUGGAGCCUCCGCCAGGGUACGAAGAAGUGCAACAACAGAGUGUAGCGCAAGAACUAGAAGAGCAGCUUCGACGGGCACGAUAGAGCAUAUCGUUCCGGUCCCAGCACCGUCUCCAUCAGUCCGGAUGACAGCUUUGUCGACUCUGUACUGAUCCAUAUUCUGAGCGCUACGGCAUUAAUGUAUAAUGAUUUGUAGACACGCAAUAAUCUAUGCUAUGUU